AUGCAUCGAGAUAUGAUUAAAAUCAUCGCAUCUAAUAACACACAUAUACUUAAGGACAUCAUUACACAUACUCCAAGGCAGGAAAUCACGAGAGAUGACUACAACUAUUUUUCUUCUCUACUGAACUAACCGUUUGGAAUCGUCACAAAUGAUCGAAAUGAUAGCAGAUUUAUUUCGCAUAAGUAAUCCAAGUCAUGGACAGGCACAGCUUCAAGAAAGUUUGCUAUUCAGAAGAAAAACUAAUAAACAGAGGAUAACAACAUCAGGAAAUAUGUCAAGGGCACUACUACUGAAAGUAAAAUGGACUAAAUUCAUAUCAAAGAAAUAAUCAAGCUCCUUCAAGAAACACAUUAAUUUAGACUGGUGCGAACCAAUGAGAUAAAAGAAAGAGAACCCAAAAUCGCUUCUAGUAACCAGACAUACUUCUUUAAUUAAGCAGAAAAGAUUCAAGAUAAUAAGAUAUAAACCCAUAAAAAUUCAAGAAGAUUUUUAGGAAUAGAUAAUGUAAACUUAGGUAAUGAGAUAGAGGCAGCAGUACAGACUUAUUACCCUGAACUAAUGAGUGCCAACAAGAAAAAUUUCGUUUAGUUUAUUAAUAAGGAAUAGGCAGAAUUUAUGAAGAGAAAAAUGAAUACAGAUCUUUACCAAUUAGUUGAUGUUACUAAAAUGAAGAAAAAAGAAAGAACUGAAGAACUGAAAUAAAUAUUUAGAAAAUAUGAAUGGAUUCUAGACGAAAAGGAAAGAAAGCAAUAAAUAAUAAAGAACAGAAAGAUGCUUAUUCAAAAUGUGAUAAAAGAGAGUCUGAAUCGAAGGAAUUUAACACAUAAUCAGCUACAAUAAAAAACUAUGAAUCGGAUCAAAAGUCCCAUGACUACUAGAUCUGGAAUUUAGAAUGAUGAUAAUAAAUUAUUUGUCACUUAAUUCAAUGACAAUUUAACGCAUCAAGAGAUGAGACCUGCCGUUUUCUCCUAGUUAAGUGAAAGAUAGCCACUAAACAGAGAAUAAAUGUCUACUUUGAAGGGAUAUUUUUCAAUUAGAAAUUUGAAGACAGGGUAAUCUGGCAGAUCCACUAUACCCAGUACUGCCUGCCAGUCCGCUCGUAAUCAUCUUAGAGUGGAUCAAGGCUCCUAAUUAUAUGCAAAAACACAUCAUAAUAAAAAUGUUAAGAGUAUUGGUGGUUUAGAUUGCAUAUAGGAUUUGUGA